GAAUCUCUAACCUCCAAAAUGCAGUGAAGCCGCCGACUCUGAUUCUGCCUCCAUCGCAGGAAGCCGUGCACAUGCGCAUGAAAAGCCCCCAGAGCUCGGCAGACCGCCUCAGUCAGUCCAAGUCCAUGGUCCUGCAGGAGUCCGACCUCCCUAAAAACCCCAUCUCUCGGCAUCGCAGGAAUCAAUCUCAGCACAACGUCUUAGCUGCAGGAGAAGGACUUUCCGCCUUUGAACCAUAUGUGGAGCUGGAAGGUGAACAUCUGAAUGUGGCUAAAAUCUCACAGAGCGGUAAGAAGCAAAGGAAGAACUGGAACGUCAUGUGGAGCGUACUGACCCCCGGCCAGCUGCGUUUUUAUAAAGAGAAACAAGAAACUCCUCUGAAACCAGGAAGUAAGACAGAUGUGGUCCAGCUGUGUGGAGCUGUUAUUGCGUGGACGACAGACAAGUCAAGUAGGAAAAACGUCUUCCAGGUCACAACAAACACUGGAAGCGAGUACCUCCUUCAGACUGACAGUUACUCCUCCGCCGAUAAAUGGUACAACGGCAUCAGAAAGGCCAUCGACAAUUCCACUAAACUUCCUCUGAGGAGAUCCAACAGCACAGAGUACCUGCCCAGACACAGCUCACUACCUGCAUAUGCAUCCGCCUCGCCCAACACCAAGCCGCGAAACGCAGUCCACAGACGCUCUAUCAAUAUGUUCAGCAGCUCCAAGCUGAAGCACAGCGCCUCCGACAGCGCAGACAAGAGCGGAGUGAAAAACCGACUGAAGAAGUUCAUCAACCGACGUCCGUCCAUGAAGACUCUGAAGGAAAAAGGCCUCAUCAAAGAUCGAGUGUUCGGCUGCCAUCUGCUGACCCUCUGUGAGCGAGAAGGAACCACGGUGCCGAGGUUUGUUCAGAUCUGUCUGGAUGCUGUUGAAAAGUCAGGUCUGGAUGCCGACGGGAUCUACAGAGUUAGUGGAAAUCUGGCAACCAUCCAGAAGCUCCGCUUCAUCGUGGAUCAGGAGGAGCCCCUGGACCUGGACCACAGUCAGUGGGAGGACAUCCACGUCAUCACUGGGGCUCUCAAAUUGUUUUUCCGGGAGCUGCCCGAGCCGCUGUUCCCCUUCAGGUUCUUCACGCCAUUUGUGGAGGCCAUCAAGAUUAAAGAAUCCAAACUCAAAGUUCAGGCUGUGAAGAAACUGAUCCAGGAACUGCCCAAACCAAAUCGAGACACGAUGAAGUUGCUCUUCAGCCACUUGCACAGAGUUCUGGACUUUUCCAAGAAGAACCUGAUGUCAACUCAGGGCAUCGGCAUCGUGUUCGGCCCCACGCUGAUGUGGCCGGAGCUGGACACGGGGAACAUGGCGGUCAAUUUGGUCUACCAGAACCAGAUUGUGGAAUUCAUCCUCAUCGAGAGCCAAGAAAUCUUCAACCUGGACGGGAAGUAAAGUGUCCUGAGCGGGACCCGAUCAUCUAGUUGACUCGCAUUUUGACACGCCCGCAAACAAUAAACGGAUGAUGACCACAAUGUACCAAAAGCACAUUUUUUAACUAACACAAAGACAUAAUGAUGUUGACAAUCUACUUUUUGUUUGGAAAUUGAUUAAUCUAAAAUGUAGAAUGUUGAUAAAAAUAGUGUAUGUUUAUAAUGUAGAGCACAUUAUUAAGUGUCAUAAGUAAUAACUUGAAUAUAGCAAACAAAUCUAUAUUUAUGGAGCAACAAUGUGUUUACAACGUACAGCAAUAUAUUGUAGAGUUAUGAGGUUACAAUGAAUAGAUACCUGAACAGUCGUCUUCGGGUAGCAGAUCUGCUCUGCUUCCAAAUCUUUGUGUUGUCGCUUUGCUUUAUUUUCUGUUUCACAGCGAAACAUGAAGCAAGUUCUAACGCACCGUCUCCUCGACCCACUGGCAGAGAUUCCUGUCAUCCAUCCGUUGUUUUGGAACAAUAAAUACCCUUUAUUUGUAAA